GAGAUCCAUGGCGGGCGGAGGGGGCGGCGGCGCUGGCCGCUGUCGUCUGAGGCGGGCUCGCUCCGCUGGGGAGGCGGGGGCAGAUGCUGUUUCCUUUCCUCCACGGCGCAGGUCUGAGAGGAACAUGACCUCCGCUGUUCAGCCUCUGUCUCAGGGGAAGCCUCGUUUGGUGGCAAAAAAGAUGGUGGGUAGUCCGAUUCCAGUACCGUUUGCAAUGAGGCCAAUAACCCUGAAAAAGAUUGUGCCGCGUAUUCGGCAGAUAAAGGAGUCCACAUUAACUCCCAGGCGCAGUCCUCGGGUCUCCUUUAAAGAAGACAAGGAGAAUGUCCCUGGAGGAACGAACAGGGCCAAAAGCCCAGGCGGAUGUGACACCAAUGCCAAGCUGAAGCCCUCUCCACCAAGCUGCCCUUCCAGCUCUGAAACAGAGAACCUGAUAGGAGGAGCGGAUGUCCUGUCUCCAAUCAGCACCAAUGCCCAGGAGUCCCCUCCUGAGGACGAGCGGGAUGUGGCCAUGGCCAAGAGGGUACGCCGGUCAUACAGCCGUCUGGAGGCCUCCUUCAGCCACAGCUUCCUGGGGAGCCGGGAUUCUCCUGGCUCUGGCUUCUCUGACACCUCCACACCUAACUGUGGCUUGGACAAGCGACAGACGCUCUUUGGCUUCGAAAAGCUCCUGGUGCCAGAAGGGCUGGAUGAUGCACCCCCUGCAGACACAAGGACAAGCCCUACAUUGGCAGCAACACUGACAGGAUCCAGGGUCUUCAAGGAGCCUGACACAGACAUCCCGGGCAUUUCGUUUAUGAAGGAGAAACGGAAGAAGAAGAAGGCGCCGCAGUUUAAUAAGAUGGAGCUGGAUGAAUGGGCUGCCCAGAUGAAUGCAGAGUUUGAAGAAGCAGAGAGGUUUGACCUUCUUGUGGAAUAAAGACAUCUCUUCCACUGGACCUUGGUGCAUCGAUCACCUGAACACUCUUUGUACAUAAAUCCAGAUCUGACAGGACAGACUGGACUUUGCCUGAUCUUGAAACGCAUGAAAUGUGUCUGCUUUCAGGAGGACUUAGUGGUUGUUACGCAUUUGCCCUUUGUAGAUGGUGGUAACAACAUCAAUGCAUUACACAGGUCCAGCUGCAUAGUUGUGGAUUUUGUUGUGACGGAGGCAGUAGCCAUAGUGUGUGGGCAGGGCAGGAGCGGAUGAAUUACUGGCUACAUUCCAGUGUAACUUUUCCUAAAACAAUGUGUGCAUUUUCAACCAAUGGCACAGCCGGUCUCUAGUUCUUCACAGAAUUACAGUCAAAUGACACUUUAUGUCAGGGGAUCUAUGAAUGCCUUUCCCAGCAUGCAUUUUAACCAUAAAAGCUGCCACAAUUUGGAACAGGGCUACUGUGUAGGAGAGUUAUGUUAACUCUUUCCCCAGCCGAAAUCUCUGUUCUCUUCUCAUCCCUCCCUCACUGUUAUUAGUCCAGGUAGGAGAAAAAAGUCAAACAUUUGGAUUGUUCCUCUCCUCUCUCUCUCCUGGGACUAAUAGAACUGGCCAAGCACUAGGUCAAAAUCGGAGAUCCCUAUGGCUGUUUUUUAACAUCACACAUCCCCAGUGUAAUGUUUCAUUCUGCUCUUAACUUUGUCUACUCAGUGGAACUCAUAGCUGGGUUCUUGCCUCUUUCUGUAGGUGGCAGGUAUAGAAUGUUGGCUUUCCAUUUUCAAAAUGUAUGGUAAUGUAUAAAGCAGUUUUUUUCCAGCAUGAUUUUUUCAGCAGUUUUUCUUUUUCUGUGUUGGCUUUACCCGCUUAAGAGCACAAAAGGGGAAAGAAGCUAGGGCCUCUGACUUGCCAGCAUCUGGAUGUUUAUAGAUGAAUUUGUUUUUAUGUUGAAUGUUGGUUAGAUCCCAUACAUUCCCGUGGUUCUUGAGAGCCUCUUGGGUCAGGGGAAUGUUCCUUGUGCUUUGAGAAAGCAUUGCUGUUUAGCAGGAUGGAUCCACUAGGUCCAGCCCCGUGAGGUCCUGUCAUUCAAGAAACACUUUUUUCUUGUUUUAUAAUGUGGAAGAAUUACAGGGAUAUCUCCUCACCUCAUAGUGGCAUUGCCUUCUUUUUUAAGUGGGGAGAGGGAACUUUCAUCACAGCCAAACACCAUCAUGCAAGUUAGCUUUAAAUCUUUUUGAUCACUUUUUUCAUGCAUAGGUUUUGAAGAGCUUGUUCUCUGUUAUAAGAAGCUUUGGUGGGCGGGGGGGCUGCAUAAGCUAGCAAAAGGAACAGAAGACUCAGGGAAGGGAUGUGAUAAAGGCAAGUAGGAGGGAAAGUGGGUUUGGCUUUAAAACCUUGUUACAGAAAUAGUACAUUUUAGAUCUUUGUGUGGUCCACUUGUGCUGGUCUGUAGAUCUUGGUCCAGGCCUUGUUCAUAAACCAUGCUUAUUCAAAGCCAUAUUUUGUGUGCGUUUGAAUAGCUUGCGUGUUGGUACAAUGUGUCAGUA